AUGCACCGUAUGAUUCCGACGAUAUGUCAUCUGAUGGUCGACCCAAACAUCGAUGUGCGGGAAGCAGCCGGGAGCACACUGGUCGCCAUAUUCUGGCAUCUCGGAGAAAAUGUCGCUGCAAGUAUCCGGAAACGACAACUAAUACCGGAACCAAAAGUUCCAUGUGCCCAUUUUUUCCCUAGUCUUUGUCAUCAGCGGCUAUCAGAACGAUUUGUACAUCUCCAUUCUCUUUAUGUUGGCAAUGCUGAUAAUUGCUUUUGGGCUCGUAAUAUAGCAUAUACAAUAAUGGUACUUGUUAUUCUCGCGACCUUACCUCAUCCUCAUCAUUGA